AGUCGCGAGCGGGCCAUGGCGGUGGAGAGUUGCAGCGCGCGCCUCGUGCGCCACGCGGCGGAGGCCGCCCUGCGCAUGCGCCAGCCCGCGCGCCGCGCCGCCGGCUCCGUGCCCGCCGCAGCCACCGUCGCCGCCGUCCUCGUCGGGAUGUAUAAUAUUAUUGUUGGAACCAUCUACUACUCAGAAAGGUAUCAUUUCUAUUUUGGUUUGCAAGGCCUGGUCAGCACUGCCAGCUGCUUGGCAUUCGCUGCUUCAUUGGCUGAUGCGGUCUUAAUAUUCGGCGUCUUGCGAAGAAAAGAAGAGUAUCUGCACUCCAUAGUAUGUGCUACACUGGCAGUGUACAUGCUAUGUGGAUUAAUGCCUCUUUGUGUAGUGAUCGGCCUAGCUAUCAACAUGAAAUGGAUUUUCAUGCUGUGGGAAGUGCCUCGCCUAUUGGCGUACCCCGUGCACGUGUGCGUCAUGUACUGCCUGCUGGCCGAGGUGCGCGGCGAGUCGCCCGCUCAGGGGCUGGGAGCGGCGCCCGCGGCCGACGGCUGGCUCAAGAACAACCUGGCCCGCGCCGGCCACGCGCCCCUGGCGGCGGACGGGGUGCUGCUCAAGCUGCCGGCGAACGGCCCCGCCCCCGCCCCCGUGCACUUCGGCUCCGCGCCGCCCCCCNCCUCCGGCCCGCUCAGCUCCUCCGAGGCCUGACGCCCAAGCGCCCGAUUUCCACUUGCACCAGCACGGGCGACCGGCGGGAACCGAGGGAAAGCAAGCGGGGUUUAUGGCUGCUUCGGAAAAGUUGAGAAUGGCUGCGUUCUGAAGAGGACGGUCUGCACGCCCCGCGCCCACGCACCCAAGCACACUUACACACACAUGUGAUCACAUACACACGUAGAUGGUGUUAUCCUCGUCCGUCUGGGGACAAUGAUAGCAGGUGUGUGUGCUCGAAACAGAAUAUAAGUAUAUUUUUUUCUGGUUACUCGGUCUAAUAGUGCAGUUAUUUUAACUUCUGACAUCCAAAAUAAUCCCUAGUGUAAUGUAUUUGACAUUACUUUUGGAAAUCAUCUCUAGAAAGAUGGACCAGCUAGAACAUGUGGUAAAUACCUUACAUUUAAUAUAUUUCUUUGUACCAAGAUAGUGAUUAAAAAGUGCUGUGGCACUGGAAAUUGCUAAAUAAUAAAUUUGUGCAUUCAUGUCGUUUUACAUAGAAACAAAAAAUUACCUCCGACUUAUUGAUUUCAUAACUCAUUUUAUUUUCAUAAGUUCAUUUUAACAUGAAUUAUACCCGACGUUUAGUCGAUUCUUCAACUUUGCAGCUAUAAUUCAGUUUUUUAUAUAACAGGAGCUCUGAACGACUUUUUAGCAAUCAAGAUCAUUAUAACCUUCUCGAAAGUUGAAGCUAUAUUUAUUCGUACAAUUCCCUGAAUUCACUUCAUUUAAGUUCUUCUGGUGUUAUGUAAAUGUAAAGAACCUGAAGAACAAGGUUUCAACAAAGUCUUCAUGUCAAUGAGGUUGCGCAUUUACAAAAAUAAUUCAACUGAGCUGCUGAUGAUGGAGAAGGCUCAUAUCAACAGCGUAACUUUCUUCCCUUGAUGUUAUGUACCAGUAAAGAAACAUUUUUUAAAAAUUACUUUUUAAAUUAUGACGAGUGUUUUCUUUCGUUUUAUGACGUGUAUUUCUUUCGUUCACCUUCCCCAUAGCAAUGAAAGUUUCAAUAAUCCCUCACCUGGACACAUCCUAUUUUCUCCCAUAGAUUGAGAUGCUCUCUAGUUAUGCAUUCUAUUUCAGUCUUGUGCCAUCCUUAUUUCUGCUUUAAUCUCUUACACAUUGGUCAU